GCAGCCGGGGCGGCGCGACGGCCGGGGCGGGGGCGCUGCUGCGGCGGGGUCAGGCGGCGGCAGGGGCAGGAGCGGUGGCGGCGGCCCGCACUAGCCAUGCCGAAUAAAACCAAGAAGGAGAAAGAACCACCAAAACCAGGGAAGAGUGGGAAAAGUUCAAAAGAAGGACAAGACACAGUAGAAUCAGAGCAGAUUUCCAGCAGGAAGAACAGCCUUGUGGCUGUCCAGUCUUCAACAUCUUCUAAAAUAAAGGUACCAGCCCCUCAGCCCAUUGUGAAAAAAGACAAGCGGCAGAAUUCUUCACGGUUUAGUGCCAGCAAUAAUAGAGAACUGCAAAAACUACCAUCUUUAAAAGAUGUUCCUCCUGCGGAUCAAGAGAAGCUUUUUACCCAGAAGUUACGUCAGUGUUGUGUCCUCUUCGACUUUGUUUCUGACCCACUGAGUGACCUCAAGUGGAAGGAAGUAAAACGAGCUGCUCUAAGUGAAAUGGUAGAAUAUAUCACCCACAAUCGGAAUGUGAUCACAGAGCCCAUUUACCCUGAAGUAGUCCAUAUGUUUGCAGUUAACAUGUUUCGAACAUUGCCGCCUUCCUCCAAUCCCACGGGAGCAGAGUUUGACCCAGAGGAGGACGAACCAACAUUAGAAGCAGCCUGGCCUCAUCUGCAGCUUGUUUAUGAGUUUUUCUUAAGAUUUUUAGAGUCUCCAGAUUUCCAGCCUAAUAUAGCGAAGAAAUAUAUUGAUCAGAAAUUUGUAUUGCAGCUUUUAGAGCUCUUUGACAGCGAGGAUCCUCGGGAGAGAGAUUUUCUAAAAACCACCCUUCACAGAAUUUAUGGAAAGUUCUUAGGCCUGAGAGCGUACAUCAGAAAACAGAUAAAUAAUAUAUUUUAUAGAUUUAUUUAUGAAACAGAGCAUCACAAUGGCAUAGCAGAAUUGCUGGAAAUAUUGGGGAGUAUAAUUAAUGGAUUUGCCUUACCACUAAAAGAAGAGCACAAGAUUUUCCUGUUGAAGGUGUUGCUACCUUUGCACAAAGUGAAAUCUCUGAGUGUCUACCAUCCGCAGCUGGCGUACUGCGUCGUGCAGUUUUUAGAGAAGGACAGCACCCUCACUGAACCAGUGGUAAUGGCACUUCUCAAAUACUGGCCAAAGACCCACAGUCCAAAAGAAGUAAUGUUCUUAAAUGAAUUAGAAGAAAUUUUAGAUGUCAUUGAACCCUCGGAGUUUGUGAAGAUCAUGGAGCCUCUCUUCCGGCAGUUAGCCAAGUGCGUUUCCAGCCCACACUUCCAGGUGGCAGAGCGAGCACUGUAUUACUGGAAUAAUGAAUACAUUAUGAGUUUAAUUAGUGACAAUGCAGCAAAGAUUCUGCCCAUCAUGUUUCCAUCCUUGUACCGCAACUCAAAGACCCAUUGGAACAAGACGAUACAUGGCUUGAUAUACAAUGCCCUGAAACUCUUCAUGGAAAUGAACCAAAAAUUGUUUGAUGACUGCACACAACAGUUUAAAGCAGAGAAACUGAAAGAGAAGCUAAAAAUGAAAGAGCGAGAAGAAGCAUGGGUUAAAAUAGAAAAUCUAGCCAAAGCGAAUCCCCAGUAUGCAGUGUAUAGUCCAGCCAGCACCGUGAGCUUGCCAGUUGCCAUGGAGACAGAUGGGCCUCUGUUUGAAGAUGUGCAGAUGCUGAGAAAGACAGUGACGGAGGAGGCUCAUCAGGCACAGAAAGAUCUGAAGAAGGACCGUCCUCUUGCGCGCCGCAAGUCCGAGCUGCCUCAGGACCCCCACACCAAGAAAGCCUUGGACGCCCACUGCAGAGCUGAUGAGCUGGUCUCCCAGGACGGGCGCUAGCCAGGCCAGCAGCCGCCACGCCAGUGCACUUCUGGGUUCUGUAGAAAAUCCACACUGUCUGUGCCAUACCAAUCAGUUACUCAAGGCAAAGCUUCCUCCACCCGUUCUGUAGGCAAAGGCGCUCGCCUGCCUCAGCUCAAGAUUAGGAGUUCAAACAAUGGUGGCUUCUCAGACCUGCUGGCCAGCCGGGCUGAUUACGGUGUCCUCACAGCGUCAUCCCCACCCCUGCGUAGCCUAGGUCAGACUGACAGUCCGAGCUGUAGGAAAGCACCCUGGUCAUCAUCUUCAUGUUCUGCCCACACAGAAUCAGGGAGCCUUUAAAAUAGGCGCUCCUGUGAUGAUGUUUUCAAAUUAAAGGAAUACUUUUAAAGGUAUCACCUGUUUUUUGAGACUUUGACCUCUGCAAUUGUUUCCACCUGAUGGUUAGGCCAGCAGUUUUUGUUUGCUUAUUCUCACAGAAAUGGCUCUUGCUUUCACGUCCUAACAGCCUACUGGGAGAGUGACACGACAAUCCUCCGCCGCGGGCACCUCUGGGCGUUCCUUUUCUUUGGUCAGCGGCAUGUACACCCUGUCCUCCUCGUAUGUCUACUGAAAGCCAUAUUCCCAAGCCUGUGGGACAGCACCAGGAUUCCAGGGGUGAGCUCAUACAAGAAGUUUAUUUCAAAAGAGCUUUCUCGUGUCUACCUUAACUGGAAUUGAAAUUUUAAAAUUAUGUGUUCGUAUUUUUAUUUGCAGAAUCAGUUUUUCACCUAUUUACACAUUGUUGCCCUUCAACAAGGCUCUCAAAUUAAUAGAAUCAUAUUGUCUAGGAGUCCCACAUUCUGUAGAGAGUUAGGAUGAGACCCAUUUGAGUUAAGCCUGCUCUUGGCCCAGUGCAGACGGCAGCGCCUUUGGCGUUAAGUAACACAGUGGUCAGUGUGGCCAGCCCACUGCUGUGACAUGGUCCUCAGAGCCCAGAGGAAGCACCAGUCACGGUGGCGCUGGGUGAGCCUCCUCUGGGGAAGAGCACACAUCACAUCACCAAGGAAAGGACAGUGUCUGAGUUUCCAUCGGUCUUCAAUGCUGCUGUGUGUUCCCCAGACUUCUUGCAUGGAGUACACUUUUGUCUAGAUGGAACAGCACGAGAAGGAGAACCUUUGACUUAGUGCUUUGUCUCUUCUUUAUUUCUCUCAGGGUGGCCAGUAUUUUGACUUGUUUAUCCUGCUUGAAAGCUACUUGAGAUGUGUGCUGCUCUUCUAAACAGUGGCUCUAGUUUUUUUGUUUGUUUGUUUUGUUUUUGUCUCUGGCAUAUAUAACUUAACGUUAACUGUCUUGAUGCAUAAGAUAAGAGAUAAAGUGUGGCUUCUUUUAGGAUCUGUUUUUUUAAUCGUGGUCUCUGGUAUCCAUGGAAAGACUGUGGAAAUUAGACAUGGGUCCUGUGUGGCUGCAGUGCCUGCUGCCCGGGUUCCUUUACGCCCACUGACAACGCUGAUGUCCUGGUGUCUUGAGGGAAAAUCAUCUGGGGGAGGGGAUUCCUCAUGUUGAGAGCAAGCACAGCAUGAAAGGAAAAGAUGGCCCCAGCCGAAAGUGGACAGGUCAGUCCACUUGGCGAGAAUACUUCCUGAAAAACUUGACAAAUAUCUAUCCAUUUUACCAUUAUGAAAUCUAUAAUUUAAAAAAAAAAAAAAAGUUUAGAUGCCUUCUCCUUUUGAGGGAAAAAGGGUGCUUUUAUUGUAUAAAGCAACGUCCUACAUAUUUUGAUAUACCAUUGUUUGAACUUCUGUCUUUAGCUGAUAGGUUCACACAUCCCUUAUCUUGGAUGUUUGGUAUGUUUGAGAGAAAGGUUUCUGGGAAGACUCUCCUUCUGCCCUAGGGAAAAAGCAAAAUAUCAUUGUCUGGCUGAUUGUGUAAAGCUCAAUGUGUAAGAACAUCUUUUGGUCUAGGUUUUAUUUUGGCUCUUUAUUGAAGACAAACAUUCACCAAUGGGGGGGGGGGGGUGAGAAAAACUAAUUUUAUUUGACAAGAGUAUUACUUAAUAUUUUGGCCUAUGGAAGUUUCCCUAGUUAGUACUCGGAUUCCCUGUGCUAAUUGUUCAACUUAUAUAUUAUAAAUUAUAUAGAGACACUGUUUAUUCUGUACCAAACUGAUUUCAGAAGUACUGCGUUGAAAAUAAACUGGUGACUGUUUUUCUUCAUAAAGCUCCGCGUGGCAUCUUCACUCUCCACAACGCACCUGUGCACCAGAAGUGUCCUGGUCCGAGUGUCUGUUCCGUGUGGCUGUAGUAUGGCUUCCUUUUAAUAUUGUACAUACAUUGUAUCUUUGUUUUAUGGUAAUAAGUAAUAAAAAUGUAGACUUCAUAUUUUGUACAAAAUGUCCUAUGUACAGAAUAAAAAAGUUCAUAGAAACAGCAAAAGUAGGUAAGUGGCACAAUUAUUUUUCUUUAGAAAAUAUCUGUAACUUUAUGCUUUAGUGAAAUGUUAAGUACCUACAUAUUUUUUAACAUUUUGUAAUUCCAAACUUUUUUGUUUUGACAUUGUUUAUGAAGAUAAACUUCAUACACUUGCCAUUUAAUAUGCUCUUUUACCUAAUUUUAAAAAUCUCUAAAAACGGUGUAUUAUAUGGACUAAAUAAAGAACAUGUGAAUUUUA